UUUCCGAAGUCCUAACUCCUAAUUCGAUUCCCCUUGUCUUUCUGCUCGUCCUGUUUAUCUCUCUCGCAACACUCAAACUAAACUGCAGAUCUCAUCAUCUCACCGACACCAAUAGAAUUAUUCUUCUGAUAUUCAAUCUUUCAUAUUUAUAGAAUUCAGAUUCACAUAAACAUGGGAAUUUCUGGGUUUCUUGCUGAUUCAAAAGGGAGUCAAAUUUUAAUGGUGGGUUUGAUUUUAAUGGCUCUUUCCUUUUAUGCUGGUACCCUUUUCAGUAACAAUGCCCCUCUUUUGGAUGUUCAUUCUUCUAAUUUUUCCCUUGGUUCCUCAAGGUUUACAAACAGAGUUGCUCUAACUUAUCGAAGAACACCAAUAUUAAUCCCUCAACCUGGAUUGAAUGUAUGCCCAAUCAACAUGAAUGAGUAUAUACCUUGUCACGAUCCUUCAUAUGUGAAAGAUUUGCUCCCAACUUUAGAUCUUUCAAGAAAGGAAGAACUUGAGAGGCACUGCCCCCCGAUUGAGAGGCGUUUAUUCUGUUUGGUGCCACCUCCCAAGGAUUAUAAAAUUCCUAUAAGGUGGCCAAUCAGCCGGGAUUAUGUUUGGAGGUCUAAUGUGAACCACACCCACCUUGCAGAAGUGAAGGGAGGUCAAAAUUGGGUUCAUGAGAAGGACCAGUUGUGGUGGUUUCCUGGUGGUGGUACUCAUUUUAAGCAUGGAGCCUCUGAAUACAUUGAAAGGUUAGGGAAUAUGAUCACUAAUGAGACAGGUGAUCUCCGUAAUGCAGGGGUGUUUCAGGUUCUAGAUGUUGGGUGUGGUGUUGCUAGCUUUGGAGCUUUUCUACUUCCGUUGGAUAUUCAAACAAUGUCGUUUGCACCCAAAGAUGGGCAUGAAAAUCAGAUACAAUUUGCUUUAGAACGAGGCAUUGGUGCAAUGAUUGCUGCUAUAUCCACCAAACAGCUUCCUUAUCCCACAAGUUCAUUUGAAAUGGUGCAUUGUUCAAGAUGUCGUGUUGAUUGGCAUGAAAAUGAUGGCAUUUUGCUGAGAGAAGUGGAUCGCCUUUUAAGACCGAAUGGGUACUUCGUAUACUCUGCCCCACCUGCAUAUAGAAAGGAUAAAGAUUUUCCUGCGAUAUGGGAUAAGUUGGUGAAUCUAACAAAAGCUAUGUGCUGGAAACUUAUAGCCAAAAAGGUUCAAACAGCAAUCUGGGUUAAACCGGGAGAUCAAUCAUGUGUUCAGCUGAAUGCGGAGCAAAACAUGAUACAAUUAUGUGACAUGAUCGAUUCCACAAAGACACCAUGGAAUAAACCGUUGAAAAAUUGCAUAACCGUAAAUGACGGAUUUUCGAAUUCUAAUAAACUUCCUCCUCGACCAGAGCGUCUUUCAGCGUUUUCUGGGGCUCUGACCAGAUUAGGUAUUAGUCAAGAGCAAUUUACGACAGACACGCUAUUCUGGGAGCAUCAAGUUCAGCAGUAUUGGGCACUUAUGAAUGUUAGCAAAGCCAAAAUUCGGAAUGUUAUGGACAUGAAUGCUUUGUUCGGUGGGUUUGCUACAGCAUUGAAUUCUUAUCCUGUUUGGGUUAUGAAUGUGGUUCCUUCAACCAUGGAUGAUACAUUGACUGCUAUAUAUAGCAGAGGUCUGCUUGGUGCUUUCCAUGAUUGGUGUGAGCCGUUUUCAACUUAUCCUCGAUCUUAUGAUCUCUUGCAUGCGAGUUAUCUUUUCUCUCAUUACAAAGAUCGCGGUAAUAUUUGUCAACUGGAGGAUAUCUUGCUGGAGACAGAUCGUAUGUUGAGACCUGAGGGAUUUAUAAUUAUUCGGGAUGAAGAACCGAUACUUUCCAGGAUUAAGGAUCUUGCGCCAAAAUUCCUUUGGAAGGUCAGCUCAUACCAGCUGGAAAACAAGCAAAAGCAGAAAGAAACUGUACUCAUCUGUUGGAAAAUGUUUUGGGCAAUCAUUUGAAAUAAUUAUGAGAAUUCUGAUAUAUAAACGACUCAAUGAUACAUAAUUCCGUAUAUGCAUGAAUCCCCAUACAUCUCGAGGUUCAUGGACCAUGGUUGUUGGUGCAACACUCGGGUGUAUCAUUUACGCUAACAGACGAGAUUGGAGAAGAGUAACUACCAAUGGCAGAUAAAGAAGAUAAUAGGGCGAAUACGGUAGUUCCUUGUUUUUGUAUGUUGUUCAAAGCAAUUUAAAUAGUUCUAGCUCCAAAGUAGACAUUUAAUUUAUUGUUUCCUCCCUCGUUUUAGAGUAUAAGUGUUUAAGCGACUGUAAGGAAAACUACUGAGUUUAUUGUAUUUGUAUCCUGUUGUAAUAUAAUUUAAUGCAUCACCGUCUAUCUUUGU